AUGAAUUCAGUGGCUGGAAAUAAGGAGAGGAUCGCGGUCACGGCGCGGAGCAGAAAAUACGGGGUGACCGACCCGUGCUCUCCCACCAAGCCCGCCGCCCCCUUCUCUCCCGAGAGCUGGUACCGGAAGGCAUACGAGGAGUCCCGGGCGGGGAGUCGCCCGGCCCCAGAGGGAGCUGGCUCUGCCCUGGGCUCCUCCGGCACUCCGUCGCCCGGCUCAGGCACCUCCUCGCCGGGCUCCUUCACUGGCUCUCCGGGACCCGCCUCGCCCGGCAUCGGCACCAGCUCUCCCGGCUCGCUGGGCGGUUCUCCGGGCUUCGGCACCGGCUCGCCGGGCUCCGGCAGCGGCGGUGGCUCUUCGCCGGGCUCCGACCGCGGCGCCUGGUGCGAGCACUGCAACGCCCGGCUGGCGGAGCUGAAGAGGCAGGCACUGAAGCUCCUCAUCCCAGGGCCAGUCAGCAGCAAGGAUCCAGGUUUCUCUUUAGUGAUUCAUGACAAGCUCCAAGUUCCCAACACCAUUCGUAAGGCAUGGAAUGAGAAGGACAAUAGAUGUGAUGUUUGUGCCACACACUUGAACCAAUUGAAGCAAGAGGCCAUUCAGAUGGUACUGACCUCAGAGCAAGCUGCCAACUCAGAACAUUAUGAUGCCUCUCCAGGAUCUCCCCCACCUCUCUCCAAUGUCCCCACGCUAGUGAGUCCUCGACACAUGGGCAGCCUGCAACCCAGGGACUGGGCAUACAUGCCUGCUCCUUAUGCUACAUCUAAUUAUACAGGCUUUGUUGCCAACAAGCACAGUGGAAAACCCAACAGUCUAGGAAUUGUGAGUGGGGUGGAGAAGAAAAAUGGCUCUCCUGGACACCAAGCCAAAGCCGGCUUUCAAAUGGACACCAGCCCCAGCAAUGGUAACGUUCUCAACUCUGUGGCCAUUCAGGCUCAUCAGUACCUUGAUGGCACCUGGUCUUUGUCAAGAACGAAUGGCAUCACUCUAUAUCCCUACCAAAUAUCUCAGCUUAUGACAGAGACUAGUCGAGAGGGCCUGACUGAAGCAGCAUUGAACCACUACAAUGCAGAUAAACCCUCCUUGUACAGCUUCCCUGCUUCCCAGAGCACUUAUAUUGCCAGUGAAGUAUCCACAGGCACCUCGGUGGCAGCAUCAUUUUUUGCCAGAGCUGCUCAGAAAUUGAACCUGUCUUCUAAAAAGAAGAAGCACAGACCUUCUGCAUCAUCUGUUCCUGAAUUUCCUCUCUUCUCUACCAGCUUCAGCAGUAUCCUUCAGACUUCCCCACCGCCUGCACCACCAUGUUUGCUGAGGGCAGUCAGCAAAGUGAAAGACACUCCUGGUUUGGGCAAGGUCAAAGUCAUGGUGCGCAUUUCUUCCACGCUUGCCAGAGACUUGUCUGAAUCCAGCUCUUUCUUGAAAGUUGACCCCCGUAAGAAGCAAAUCACACUAUAUGACCCGUUGGCCUGUGGAGGUCAGAAUGCUUUCCAGAAGAGGGGUAACCAAGUUCCACCCAAGAUGUUUGCUUUCGAUGCAGUUUUCCCCCAAGAUGCAUCGCAGGCAGAAGUGUGUGCUGGGACUGUGGCUGAGGUGAUCCAGUCUGUGGUCAAUGGGGCAGAUGGCUGUGUGUUCUGUUUUGGCCAUGCCAAGCUUGGGAAGUCACACACCAUGAUUGGGAAGGACGAUUCCAUGCAAAAUCUUGGCAUAAUCCCUUGUGCCAUCUCCUGGCUCUUCAAGUUGAUUAAUGAACGCAAAGAGAAAACAGGAGCUCGCUUCUCUGUCCGAAUUUCUGCAGUGGAAGUGUGGGGGAAAGAAGAAAAUCUGAGAGACCUGUUGUCAGAAGUGGCUACAGGCAGCCUGCAAGAUGGGCAGUCCCCAGGUGUCUACCUUUGUGAAGACCCCAUUUGUGGUAUGCAGCUUCAGAAUCAGAGUGAGCUCCGUGCCCCGACAGCAGAGAAGGCUGCCUUCUUCCUUGAUGCUGCCAUUGCCUCACGGCGCAGCAGCCAGCGGGACUGCGAUGAGGAGGAUCACCGCAACUCCCACAUGCUCUUCACUCUGCACAUCUACCAGUACCGCAUGGAGAAGAGCAGCAAAGGUGGAAUGUCCGGAGGUCGCAGCCGCUUGCACCUGAUUGACUUGGGUAGCUGUGUGAAAGUGCUCGGCAAAAACCGGGAGGGAAGCUCUGGCCUCUGCCUCUCAUUGUCAGCACUGGGCAAUGUCAUCCUCGCCCUUGUCAAUGGAAGCAAACACAUCCCGUACAAAGACAGCAAGCUCACCAUGUUGCUUCGGGAGUCCUUGGGGAACAUGAACUGCCGUACCACAAUGAUAGCUCACGUUUCAUCUGCUGCGGGGAACUACGCCGAGACGCUGUCCACCAUCCAGAUUGCAUCAAGGGUCCUCAGGAUGAAGAAAAAGAAAACUAAGUAUACAUCAAGUUCUUCUGGAGGAGAGAGCUCCUGUGAGGAGGGCAGGAUGCGGAGGCCAACCCAGCUGAGGCCCUUCCAUUCUAGAAACAGUGUUGACCCAGACUUCCCUCUUUUGCAUUUGUCAAGUGAUCCUGAUUAUUCAUCCAGCAGUGAGCAGUCAUGUGACACCGUGAUUUAUGUCGGCCCCAAUGGCACUGCCCUUUCAGAUAAGGAACUGACAGAUAAUGAGGGUCCCCCUGACUUUGUUCCUAUAGUUCCUGCUCUGCAAAAGACCAAAACCGAGGGCAGGUUGGAGGAAGCUAGUGAAUCAGGUCCCAGCACAUCUGAAAAAGACUGCCUGAAGUGCAACACCUUUGCAGAGCUCCAGGAGAGGCUGGAUUGCAUAGAUGGUAGUGAAGGGACUGAGAAAUUUCCCUUUGAAGAGAUGCCUGCUCAAUUUAGCUCAAACCAGAUGUCUAAGUGCUCUGUCUCAAGCCAACUGGCUGAGCUUAGCCACUUACCAGAGUCAGAUAAGGAAGAUAUGAUGCCAGAAUGUCAGCAUCCCGAUAGAGAAGCCAAUGCAACACCCAGUAAAGCUAAGAGAAAUCACUCCCCUGUUCCUUCUGGAACUCUUACAAAUGUUUCAACUCCUUCUUCUCCCAGAAGCAUAACAGGCAGCUCUAGUAAAGAGCUUAGCUCGUGUCAGUUAGCACACAGCACCAGCUUGCAGAGCAGCAGAGAAGGUCUCAACACCUGUGGAUUUGUGGAAGGCAAACCUCGGCCAAUGGGUUCUCCCCGGCUUGGCAUUGCGAGCCUCUCCAAGACAUCUGAGUACAAACCACCAACUUCUCCUUCCCAGAGGUGCAAGGUCUAUACACAGAAAGGAGUCUUGCCCAGCUCCACUCCCCCACCAGUUCCCUUGAGUAAAGAUAGUAGGAUGAUGUCUAGUGAAUCUUUAUUGCAGCCAGAAAUCCGGACCCCACCUGUAGGAAUGAGCCCUCAGAUCAUGAAGAAAUCUGUGUCCUCCAGCAAUGAGGAUUUUGAAGAGACUAUUCUCGAUGAAGAUUGUCAACAAAGUGUUUCUCCAGAAUCCAAGAAGGAGAUUCUGAGCACCACCAUGGUGACUGUGCAGCAGCCUUUAGAGCUGAAUGGGGAGGAUGAGCUGGUGUUCACCCUUGUAGAAGAGCUAACCAUUAGUGGGGUCCUUGACAAUGGACGUCCAACCAGUAUCAUCAGUUUUAACAGUGACUGCUCUGUGCAGGCUUUGGCCUCUGGAUCUAGGCCAGUCAGUAUUAUCAGCAGCAUAUCUGAAGAUCUUGAAUGUUACUCCAGCACAGCUCCGGUGUCUGAAGUCAGCAUCACACAGUUCCUUCCACUUCCAAAGCUGGGCUUAGAGGAUAAAUCACAGGAUGAUGGGAGCAGGCGUUCAUCCAUCAGCUCAUGGUUGAGUGAAAUGAGCACGGGCAGUGAUGGUGAACAGUCAUGCCACAGCUUCAUAGCCCAGGCAUGCUAUGGGCAUGGGGAAGCAAUGGCAGACCCCCCUGUCUCCGAGUUUGCGAGUGCCAUACAAAGUGCCAGCAUGAUUUAUGUGAGUGAGAAACAGAAGCCAAUGACUGACAACAUGCUUAUACUGUCAGAAGUGGGUGAAGAAGCUUUUGGCAAAGUGCCACCCAUCAAAGGCUGUAAAAUAUCAGCUCUAGGGAAAACGACUGUCACAAUCAAGAACACCACAAGCCUCAGCAGCUGCAAAGGCUACAUCCCAAUGAAGACAAACAUUACCGUGUACCCAUGUAUUGCUGUUAAUCCCUUCAAAGCACAAGACGCGGAUGAUGCCGUACCAGCAGUAACUGCAGACCCAAAGGUUACCCAUCCCCAUGAUGGGAAAGAAUCCAGUUCUAAGAAGGAUAUCAAAUUCGAAGACCCUUGGUUGAAGAGAGAAGAAGAUGUAAAAAUGGACAACUCUGGGAGCAGUGAUGGACCAAGGCCUGACACGGCCACAGUUUCAACCAAGCCUGAGCACGACACAAAGCAGUCAUCAGCGGACAGGUUUAGCAGCAGCAGUGGGGAUGCCUCUGUCUCUCCAGGAUCUGAGAGUCUAAAGAGGAUUGUAGAUGGGUGUGAGAUGGCAGUGCCCAGCUCUGCAACCCAAAGCCCUGUUCAUUCAAGUGACAGUUUGAAGAAUGACAGCCUCCCUCGAGGGGUUCUGAAGGCAAGCAGACUGGAAGAACCUCACAGUCACCUCCAUCCUACUGUCACUGACAGCAGCGAAGUUGCUUCUCCUGCCUUCCCACUGUUUUCUAAGGCUAGCCUUGACAAAAAAAUGGCCUCUCCGAAACACUGUGUCCUCACUCGUCCCAAAGGGACCCCUCCUCUGCCACCAGUGAGGAAGUCAAGCUUGGAUCAGAAGAACAGAGCCAGCCCCCAGCACAGCGCAGCCAGCAGCACCACAAGCAGUCCCUCCAGCCAGCAUGGCUCCUUCCUGGCCAGCUUCCCCGAGGAGCUGAAUGCCAAACAGAGGGGCCCUGGCAUCGAUGGCAGCAGCAAUAACAGCAGCAGCAAGCUCUUCAGUGCCAAACUGGAGCAGCUUGCCAGCAGAACCAGCUCCCUCGGGAGGUCCACAGGAAGCCACUAUGAGUGCCUGUCACUGGAACGUACAGAAAGCCUGUCCUCUGUGAGCUCCAAAAUGAGUCCUGGAAAAGAUACCACCAUGCCCAGGGCUGGAAGGAGUCUCAGCCGCAGUGUCAUGUCAUCACCCACCAACUCGGGCCUAUCCCAGUCGGCAGGUGCCUCCCCAAAAGCCAGCCAGUCCAAGAUCUCUGCAGUCAGCAAGCUCCUGCUGGCAAGUCCCAAGGCCCGCAGCCUGUCUGCCUCUGCCACCAAAACGCUCAGCUUCUCUACUAAGUCUCUGCCUCAGUCUGUAGGGCAGAGCUCCAGUUUGCCUCCAAGUGGGAAGAACAUGUCCUGGUCAACGCAGUCACUCAGCAGAAACCGAGGCUCCAGCCUUGCAUCCAAAUUACCGCUUCGGGUCGUCAACGGGCGGAUUUCGGAGCUGCUCCAGGGGAGCACCAGUGCCAGAGGCUUACAGCUGCGGGGAAGCUCAGAGGCAGAGGAACGCGGGGGCCCUCCUGGAGAUGAGAAGCCAGCUAUCCAUAUGCUGCCUUCACCUUACAGCAAGAUCACCCCUCCUCGGAAACCUCACCGCUGCAGCAGUGGUCACGGCAGCGACAACAGCAGUGUCCUGAGCGGAGAGCUGCCCCCUGCCAUGGGGAAGACAGCCCUCUUCUACCACAGCGGGGGGAGUAGUGGCUACGAGAGCAUGAUGAGGGACAGUGAGGCGACGGGCAGUGCCUCUUCCGCACAGGACUCCAUGAGCGAGAACAGCAGCUCUGCCAGCGGCCGGUGCCGAAGCCUCAAAAAUCCAAAGAAACGGUCCAUCACAGGUUCACAGAGACGGAGGCUGAUCCCAGCUUUAUCACUGGAUGCUGCCUCCCCAGCAAGGAAGCCUGCCAACAGCCCUGGGGUGCGCUGGGUGGAUGGGCCCCUGCGAGGGGGGCAGAGGGGGCUGGGAGAGCCCUUUGAGAUCAAAGUCUAUGAGAUAGAUGAUGUGGAGAGGCUCCAGCGGCGACGAGGUGGGGACAGCAAAGAGGUGAUAUGUUUCAAUGCCAAGCUGAAAAUCCUGGAGCAUCGCCAGCAGAGAAUUGCUGAGGUCAAGGCCAAAUACGAGUGGUUAAUGAGGGAACUGGAGGUGACCAAACAGUACCUGAUGCUGGAGCCUAAUAAAUGGCUCAGUGAAUUUGAUCUGGAGCAGGUGUUUGAGAUGGAUUCUCUGGAAUACCUGGAGGCCCUGGAAUGUGUGACUGAACGUUUGGAAAACCGUGUCAACUUCUGCAAGGCCCAUCUCAUGAUGAUCACCUGUUUUGACAUCACCUCUAGACGCCGAUAAAGUAGGAACCUCCAGAGAAUUUCAGUGUGCAUCGCUGCCAUCCUCCUUUUCCCUUCUGAAUAGCAUCCUGAAGACCACAGAAUGAGGAUGAAGGUUGGAGUCAUCUCAGCUGUGUGUAUGAGAUUUGCUAUACUAUACGGGAGAGUAGUAUUACAAAAAACCAACAGGACAAACAUGAAAGUGGAGAUAUGAGGUUGUUGAUUCUCUUAGCCUAAAAGAGCACUUUGAGGAACCUUUAAAGACAUGUCUGUAAAUAAGAACUGCUAGCAGAAGACACUUCUUUCCCUGCGUUAGCUGAUGGAGGAGGAAAGGUGGUUGUAGGACUUCCAUUGAGACGUUCAUUAAAAGAAAACGUGUCCAGAAAAACUGUUUAAGUGCCUUGCAAAUCUUUAUUAUCCAAACAUUUAUGUUCAUACUUAAUUGUGUACAGAUGGUGCUAGUCAAGAAAAGAAAAAGGAAAAAAACAAACACACUUUUGAAAUGUAUUUACAGCUUGUUUUUCUCUUGGUGUUUUCUCCUAUUUCAGAUUUGCUGUUUCCAAGUAACUUG